AUGGAGAAGCCAACAGCCCGCUCGUCCACGUCGAGAGAACAUAAACAAGGAAGACAAAGCAGAGACUAUACGACUGAACAAUCAGAAGCAGUAAAACGGAUCAGGGCCUGUGGCAGCUCCAACUAUUACGAAGUGUUAGAAAUAAGUCGAGAUGCAAGUGAAGCAGAAAUCAAAAGGGCAUACAGGAAGCUUGCAUUACAAAUGCACCCGGAUAAGAAUGGUGCACCUGGAGCGGAUGAAGCAUUCAAAAUGGUCAGCAAAGCAUUUCAAGUACUAAGCGAUCCCCAAAAACGAGCGAUCUUUGAUGCGAACGGUUCCGAUCCAGAUUCAAGCUCUGCCAGGAUGCAAUCGCGUGCGUAUGCCAGGGCCUCUUCUGCAUUUGGGAAUGGUCCAGUAGAAUUAACGCCGGAAGAGCUCUUCAACAUGUUCUUUAAUGGAGAUUUGAGUUUUCAUUCGGCUACGUUUGUCAGUCCGGGAUUCCCUGCUCGACGGUAUCCACCUGGUCGAAGAUCAGCAAACGGAAAUGAUACACAUGCGCCAUCUGGCUGGGUUACUUUCCUUCAGUUAUUACCUCUACUACUUCUCUUUCUUUUUUCCAUCUCAUCAAAUAUAUUCGUGCCGCCACAUGAUCCAUUACCCGAGUUUUCUCUACGACAAAUACCACCAUACACUCAAGAACGAUAUACUAAUCUACUACGAGUCAAAUACUACGUCAAUCCGAAAACUUUCGGAGGACUCGAGCAGCAACCACGGAAACUACACGGACUCGAAGAUAACGUUGAGAAUACAUAUGUUCGAAAUCUGAGUCAUAGAUGUCUUCAGGAAGAGAUGAAGAGAGAUAAACUUAUCCGUGAUGCGGCUGGAUGGUUUUUUUAUGAUACUGCGAAAAUGGAAAGAGCAAAGUCGAUGAAAAUGCCCAAUUGCGACGAAUUAGAGGCUUUAAAACGCAGGCAUUAUGCAUAA